UAGCAGCAACAUUUUCUGAAAUUUUUCCUUCAAGUCAUGACUCAUAUAGUUUUGAUUAACGUAGGUAGAGUCUAGUAGACUUUACUCGUUGAUAAACAUAUUAAUCAUAAGAGUGACUAAAAUAAUUAUUAAUUAUUAAAAAAAUGGCCAAUGCAGUUGCCAAUGUACCCGUGUCAAAAAUCUUAAAAGAUAAGACUGCUUGUGAAGAUGAGCCAAGAAAAAAGAGUCGAGAAGAUUGGAGGAAAGCAAAAGAAUUAGAAGAGGCAAGAAAAGCAGGUACAGCGCCUGCUGCUGUUGAUGAAGAAGGCAAAGAUAUUAAUCCACAUAUUCCACAAUAUAUUAGUGCAACACCAUGGUAUUUUGGUGCACAGGGUCCUACAUUAAAACAUCAAAGACCUCAACCUGAGAAACGAAAAUACUUUAGUGGAAUAGAUGAAUGGUACAAACGUGGUGUAGAUACAUCUAAAGUUGCAACAAAAUACCGUAAAGGUGCAUGUGAGAAUUGUGGUGCUAUGACACAUAAAAAGAAGGAUUGUAUGGAAAGGCCUCGUAAGAUAGGAGCUAAGUUUACAAAUAAAGAUAUUGCACCAGAUGAAUUCGCACAGCCUGAUCUGUGCGUUGAUUAUGAUGGUAAAAGAGAUAGGUGGGCUGGUUAUGAUCUGUCCGAACACAAAACUAUUGUCGAAGAAUUUCAAAAAAUUGAAGAAGCUAAAAGACAAAUGCGUGCAGAAAAACUCAAUGCUGAAGAAAAUGAUGAACAAGAUUCAGACAAAGAUGAAGAUAAAUACGUUGACGAAGUUGAUAUGCCUGGAACUAAAGUUGAUUCUAAACAACGUAUUACUGUUAGAAAUUUAAGAAUUCGAGAAGAUACGGCUAAAUAUCUUCGUAAUUUGGAUCUUCAAUCCGCGUAUUAUGAUCCUAAAACUAGAUCUAUGCGUGAUAAUCCUUACGUAGGAACAGAUAGAGAAGUGGAUUAUAAAGGAGGAAAUUUCGUACGUUUCUCAGGAGAUACACAGCAACACGCAAAUGCUCAAUUAUUUGCUUGGGAAGCACACGAGAAAGGAGUCGAUGUACAUUUACUUGCUGAACCUACAAAAUUAGAAUUAUUGAAACAAGAAUAUGAUAAAAAGAGGGAUGAACUGAAAGAUAAAGCACGAGAAAGUAUUAUUAAACGAUAUGGUGGUGAAGAACAUCUUCAAGCACCGCCACCUUCCUUAUUAUUAGCUCAGACAGAACAUUAUCAAGAAUAUUCUAGAUAUGGAAAGAUGCAAUGAAUUGAUAAUGUAAAUUUAAAAAUUAAUAUAAUUAGUUUAACUUUAAAAAAAAAAUUACAUUAAGUUAAAUCUUUUAU